AUGAAUCCAAACGGAAGAUAUAUUUAUCGCCAUAUAGACCCCCAAAAUAAAAAAAUCCCAUCGAGAGGAGAUACGGUGGUGUUUCAACGGAAUAACGUUGAAUACCGCGGAACGAUCGUGUUCGUUCAAGAAAAUCACUCGGUCGUGGACGUGGAAAAUUUAGGACGGAUGCAAGUUCAAAACAACCAGAUUAAGUCUGAGAAAAAGUAUAUAUCAGCUACCAAUACGGAGAUUCCUGUGGAGAUCGAUGACUUGGUAUCUGUUGUUGUAGAUAAUAAACGAACUCUAGGAACAAUCAAGUCUUUAUUAGAGGGAAAUAAAGUCAGGGUUCGUUUGAAUGGGCGAAUCGAGUCUUUUGCUGACAUAGAUGUUUCGUUUUUGAGCUUCAUCGCGAAGGGAUAUAAAUUGAAUGAGCCAGCGCAAGCGUAUCACGUCCAAAACCAGCCUGUAAAGACCGGUGAUUACGUAGAAGCCAUUAUUGUCAAUGCUCCGUGUGUUGUUAAAGUCGUUCCUUAUAAUGGAGAUCCUCAUCAGUAUGAUGAUUUAAUGGAAGUAUACUUUCCCGAGGACCCAACACAUCCGCAGUUGCUUCCGCUUAUCCGUAUGACAUGCGGAACUAUUCUAAUUGUUAAAGCCAAUUGA